CAGAGGGUAGCAGUCUGCUAUGCUGGGUCCCCAGCUCCAAGAAAGGGGCUUGAAGAGGAGGCGCGAGCCCCGCCCCCUCCCCUGCCGGGCGCGGGCGCGAGACAUUGCGCGGCUGCAGCGGCGGGAGCGAGCAGCAGCUGUCAGGCCACCGAGGCCCAAGCUGCACUUGCUGCCCCAUUGAGGACAAGGCGGCAGCAGGAGCGGUGACGGUGUCGCUGGAGAGCCACUCGCUGCUCUCAGAGCUGAUCUGCCUGGCACCCGCUGCCCUCUCCUUUCUCCUUCCCAUUGUUUUGGAACCUCUCCCCCAAAAGAAUAAAGCCACAACAGAAAAAAAGAGAAAGAGAAAAAUUGUGACAAAAACUCAACUGGGUUCGCUUGGUUAUAAACUUCUCCCUGUUUGGUGCUGCAACAAUGAGUGGGAAAUCUUUGCUCUUAAAGGUCAUUCUCUUGGGUGAUGGUGGAGUUGGGAAAAGCUCACUUAUGAACCGUUAUGUAACUAAUAAGUUUGACUCCCAGGCUUUUCAUACAAUAGGGGUAGAGUUCUUAAAUAGAGAUCUGGAGGUAGAUGGACGCUUUGUAACCCUCCAGAUCUGGGAUACUGCAGGACAGGAACGUUUCAAGAGCCUUAGGACGCCCUUCUACAGGGGAGCAGACUGUUGCCUCUUGACCUUCAGUGUGGAUGACCGGCAGAGCUUUGAGAAUCUAGGUAACUGGCAAAAAGAAUUCAUCUACUAUGCAGAUGUGAAAGACCCUGAGCACUUCCCCUUUGUAGUUCUGGGUAACAAGGUAGACAAAGAGGAUAGGCAAGUGACUAUUGAGGAAGCACAAGCCUGGUGCAUGGAGAACGGUGAUUACCCUUACCUAGAAACUAGUGCCAAAGAUGAUACUAAUGUGACAGUGGCCUUUGAAGAAGCUGUCAGGCAGGUGUUGGCUGUAGAGGAACAACUGGAACAUUGCAUGUUAGGUCACACCAUUGACUUGAACAGUGGCUCCAAAGCAGGUUCUUCAUGCUGUUAAAAAUAAGGAGCCUUUAAAAAUGUGCGCCAAAUUGAAGAGUCAGUGGUUUAAGAAUUACUUUGCCCUUGUAAGUGUGCAUAAACACACAAAAAGGUAAUAGUAAGGUUCUGACUGUGAAACAGAGCCUUUCAAAUUGAAUUUGUGUAGUGAUUAUUUUAAAAAUUAUUAAGCCAAGUGUAUUUUAUGAGUUGUCUGCAAUUUUCCCUUAUUGUAUGUCUCAGGAUAUUUCAGAAAGUUUUGUUCCUGAGAGGAUUAAAUAUUUUAAAAUCACUGUUGAAACCUAGAAUUCAGCCACACGAAGGAAGGAAGGAGCUACAGCUAUCUCUUAAAAUGUUCCUCUAAUCAACUAGCAAAUGUCACUAUCAAAACUCUUGCCAAGCAGUUUCUGACAUAUUUACCAAAAGGGAAACACAAGACUGAGCUGUGUUAUAGAAAAAACAAUAAUGAAAACAAGGAUUCUAAAGCUUGAAUUAUAAAAAUGAAUGAUGAGGAAUAUAAAAGUGUAAAGAUGUAAACUGAUUUAUUAAAAUUCUUUUGUAUGGUUUGCUCCCAUUUGCACUUUUUAAAACAAUAGCAUCCUUAUCAGGGAUACUCUAAUGACACUGGAAAUUUAUUAUAACUCAUAAAUUUGAAGUCACAGGAUACUAGUGAAUGGAUUGUGCUUAAAUAUGCCAACCACCUUUGCAAAUAACUGGUGGAUCUGCUGUUUUUUAUAAAUAUACUGUUGCUGAAUAGAGAUGUUGCUUCUCUGACAACCUCUUAUCAAUUUAGCAGUGCUGCUUAGUAUAUGGCUUUGAAUGCCCUGCUCUCUGCUCAUAAUUUCGAUGGUCUCUUGGUCCAUCAUGCUGGCUAAUGCAGAAGGCAUCAUCAAAGCCUGAGAGAUAGCGGACUUUUCCCCCCACAAUGUUCCUUAAACUUAAGUAUUUUUUGUACAAAAAGGAACUUAUUUCUUGUGUGUUGCACUGUCUAUUUAGGUGGCCAAACUAGGACUUUGAAAGUGACAAAAGGAGAUUUUAACCUUCUGUUAUGAUGAAUUUCUCAUAAUUAGUGUUGUCCAACAAUGGAAUAGACUGCCUUAAUAGUGAACUCCCUCCCAGUGAAAAUAUUCACUGAUGACCAUCGGAAAAAAUACUAUAAAAUAAUUUCUUCACUGGCUACAUGUUUAGUACAAGGUCCCUUUCAACUCUAAGUGCUGGGAAUUUAUAAACUGUGUCUAUGCCAUGUUAUGUUUAUAUUUAUCUUGAGGUAACAGCUCAGACUAUAAAGAGAGACUGAAAAUUCUAAAACUGUUCUGUGAUCAGCCUUUAACAGUAACUACAUAACUCUUCUUUUUUUGCACUGUGAAAGGUAAAAUUCUUAACCUUUUAGACAAACAUCCUGAAGAUACAUAUUAAAAGCAAAACUUUUGAUAACUAUGACUGCCAACUGUAUAGUGUACUAUGAGUAUGAACUCUAGUUCUUGUUGAUUGAUCUGUUUUAAAUAUCUGUGUUAAAAAUUGGGACCCAGUGUAGUUAGGGACAGUUAAGAAUGAUCCCUCAAACAGAUCUAGGUCAAGGGAGAGGUGGGAGCUUUUACAGGAAUACAGCCUAGAACUCUCCAUUGUAGCCACAUAUGGAAUCAGCCUUACAUGUGGGACCUUAUUACUUUAAGAGCUCUCAGACUUUUGACCACAUAGGCAAGAAUAAGACAGUAUCUCAACCCAGUUAUACUCAGUAUUUCCAAUAAAAUAGAAUCUUCUCAAUUCAAUUCAAUUCAAUUAACUUUGUUCAAUUAACUUUGAUGCCAGAAGUCAAAGCCAGAACUGGAACCCAACAGCUCUUAAGUAUUGGUUCCUAUCCUGCCUAUGCCUAUAGCCAGUCACACAUGUUUCCAAGUUCUAUGAUCAUUUUCCUACAAUUGCAUUACUGUGAAAAAUCUAUAUAUUUCACCUGUUAAAUGAUAAUUAUUUUUAAGUGCAUGAGACCUGGAACCUCCUCUUUCUACUUGCACUCUGCUUAUAAUAGUUUCUAUUUGUAGAUCUCAGGCCUUUGUAAAGACCUCCAUCAAUUCACAAAAGCAUUUGUCUCUACAGUGGCAUGUGGUCAUCUGAAUAAAAAAAUUAUAUAGGCGUUCAACUCAUAGGCAUCUUGUCCAUUUAAGAAAAGGGUUAAUUUUAUCAUCAGAUCACUUGAAGCCCCUUUCCUCUUAGCCACACCAAUUUUUUUCCUUUCAAAUUACAACACAGUACAUUAGUGAAAGCACUUAACAUACAGUGACAAAAACAACGGCAUUUUGGUGAGUAACAGUAAGUGAGUGCUGACACAGAGUAUGGGUAAAAUUAAAAACACCAAAGGCUGAAAUAUGUGAAUAUCUGGAUCUGUGCACAUAAAUUUAGUAUUGACUGUGUACCCUAGAAUGUGCAGCACAAUAUUUUCAAUAGAUAUUUUUUAAUGAACACUAGAUUUUUGGAAUAAUAUAUUUCUAAUUAGAAAGACAGUGUUUUUCAAAGGUCUGUCAAAACUUCACACAGAAUAUUUACUUAGUUUCGUUUCAUGUAUUGGCUAACUUCCAGGGGUCCUCAGAUUCCAUACAUCUUCAGUGCAUUGACAAAUUUCUGAUUUGUGUCUGCCUCAGCCAUCUUGACUUUAUCCUGAGGCUUUCCACAAUCUUCUUGGUGCAGGUGCUGCUAAAAAUCUCAAAAUUAUGUAUCAAGUAUUUUCUUGCAAUUGUAAAAAUAUCAUCUGUGUUAAAGUGAAUAAAAAGUGCAUUUUGAAUAACCAACAUACAA